GGCUGUAUUAGUAAAAUAUAAGUGGAGUGUUGGGUUGGAGCCCAAUUCCUCUUUCACCUUUCAUCUCUAACCUAACAUAGAGCCGCUGCAACUCACAAAAAGAAAAGUUGCGUAAAAGAAGAUCGAUCAUGUAUCUUCCUCAUGAAUUGACCAUCCAAAUCUUACUGAGGUUGCCGGUAAAGUCUCUUAUACGUUUCAAGUCUGUUUGUAAGUUGUGGUUUUCUCUUAUUUCUCAUGAUCCUCACUUUGCUAAUUCACAUUUUCAUCUUAACUCUGCAACACACACUCGUAGAGUUCUAUUAGUAUCAACUUCAACUCAUCAAUCUCGAUCCAUAGAUUUUGAAGCAUCGCUUGACGAUGACAAGGCUUCUUUUUCACUCAACCUUGAUUCUAUCUUUCCAGAGGAUUUUACAGAUUUUGAAAUUAGAGGGUCAUGCAGAGGUUUCAUACUUUUCUGCAGUUCCUUAAACAUCAUCUACCUUUGGAAUCCAUCCACUGGACUUCAUAAACAAAUUCCUUUAUCUCCUUUUGGUUCCAAUUUGGAUGCUGAAUAUUUCUAUGGUUUUGGGUACGACCAUUCAACCGAUGAUUAUUUGGUUGUUUCAUUGUCUCGCAUUGAUUCAGGAGAUCCUCCAAUACGCUUGGAGUACUUCUCAUUGAAAUCUAAUACAUGGAAAGAAGUUGAGGGUCCUUACUUCCCUUAUGGAUUUCGAGAGGAAGAGCCCAAAGGUGGUUUGCUCUAUAAGGGAGCUAUUCAUUGGAUGGCUUUUCGUUAUGAUUUACAAGCUUAUGUUAUUGUUGCAUUUGAUUUAAUGGAAAGGAAACUUUCAUAUAUGCUUUUGCCCAGUAGUCGUUUGGAGUGUUGUUUAUGGGUUUAUGGAGGAUUUCUCAGUGUAUAUACCAAGUAUCACUUUAAUGAUAGGGUUGAAAUAUGGGUGAUGAAAGAAUACAAAGUGAACUCCUCUUGGACUAUGACUCUUGUUCUUCCUAUUCAUUUCUUUUUUCCUUUGUGUUGUACAAAAAGUGAUGAUAUUAUUGGGACUGACGGUGAAGAUGGAUUGGUGAAGUAUGAUAAAAGUGGACAGUGUCUGGAGCAACAUUCUUAUCCUAAUUACGAUCUAAGCUGCGAUUUGACUGUGUAUAUAGAUUCUCUGCUUUCACUCCCUAGUGAUGAUGACAACCAACAAGCUUAAGAAGAUGAAACAAGCAACAAGCAAGAAGAAUGAGGUUGAUCCCAAUUGACUGUGUAUGUAGAAUCUUUGCAGGUUGAUCCCAAUUGACUGUGUAUGUAGAAUCCUUGCAGUAAAGUGAGAAAUGGUUAAGAUAAUAUGAGUAAGUGUGCCACAUUAGCUAAUCUAAUACUAGUAUGUCAUGAAAUGUUUAUUGGUUAACUAUUUGUGAUAUGCUUAUUGGUAACAUUCACACCUUUGGUUGUGUGAUUCACUGUAUGUAGCUGUAUUUAUUCUAAUAUGCUGGAUUCAUUGAUGAGCGUGUUGGUCAAGAUUACAACUAUAUGACAUAGUAACUACAUAUGUAUUUGAAUGACAUAGAAGGUUUUCUUCUCUAAUUUCAGUGGAAUGUAAUAAUAUUGAUUGUUA